CGCUGCAAUAACAUCGCAUUUGACGCGGCAUGAAUGGACUGAGACUAAGUGAAAAAGCCAGGCCCAACAUCAGCCUCAUCAGCUUGGUAAUCACGGCGUCAUCCUCUGUCCCAUGCUCUGCCCCCGAGGUUCCUGUGCCAGCAAGAUGCUGAAGCGAGGCGCGGAGUCCGUGGCCAGGCCCACCAGGGUAUUGACUGACAAGAAAUUGGUGACCAAAGGAGGAGUUCUCCACCAGGGCUCACCGCAGAAGCCCAGUCAGUUGGCUCCGCGGCCCAUCGCAUCCGUGGGCACGCCUUCCCGGCCCUGCCGGCGGCCCCCGCCCCAACGCCCACACCGCUGCCCGGACUGUGACAAGGCCUUCUCAUACCCGUCCAAGCUGGCCACACACCGGUUAGCACACGGCGGCGCCCGACCCCACCCGUGCCCCGACUGCCCCAAGGCCUUCUCCUACCCCUCUAAGCUGGCAGCCCACCGUCUCACUCACAGUGGUGCCCGCCCACACCUGUGCCCACACUGCCCAAAGGCCUUUGGGCACCGCUCCAAGCUGGCGGCUCACCUCUGGACACACGCGCCUGCCCGCCCCUACCCGUGCCCCGACUGCCCCAAGUCCUUCUGCUACCCUUCCAAGCUGGCGGCCCACCGCCACACGCACCACGCCACAGACGCCCGCCCCUAUCCCUGCCCGCACUGCCCCAAGGCUUUCUCAUUUCCUUCCAAGCUGGCCGCCCAUCGCCUAUGUCACGAUCCUCCAACAGCGCCAUGCAACCAGGUCACCACCCGACACGGAUGCUCCAGCUGCGGCCAGGCCUUUGGCCAGAGACGCCUCCUGCUCCUUCAUCAACGCAGCCACCACCAGGUGGAGGGCCAGGGAGAGAGAGAGAGCUGUCCCCUUCUCUCACUAGCCCCCUCUGUCGCCAGGUCCAGUCAAUGAAGACGCGGGAUUUCUAACCCCGGCUAUAGGAGCUUUCCUGUUCCAGAUAACUGGCAAGGACAAAUUGGCCAUUGAUAUUGGGCUCAAAUUUAGAAGACUAAGGAACUCUUUGCUCACGUGCUUUGGGGAUGGCAAGGUGUCAACCAGUUUUAGCAGUGGGUCCCAAAUGAUCCAUCUGGUUUGACAGUACUACCUCUGGUUCUCCCCACCCACAUCUUAUAUGACAAAGGUAAGAAGUCUGCUAGUACCCUAGGUUACUGAGGAUUGUGGGGGGAAAGGCUCGCUCCUUAUUGUUGCUGAAAAUUUAAAUUGGUAUCUCCAUUUUGACCAUAUGACUUUAUCUAAAAUAUGU